AUGGCGACCGCAAUUUCGAAACCGACGCCCCAUACCCAGAAGAUGAAGCGGCCGCCCCCGCCUUUCGGCCAGGCCGCGGUCAACGGAGUAAAAGGCCACCACCUCUCAUCUUCGCCCACAUCGGCUGCCAAACGCCCGCCGACAAGUGCCGCCGCCGGCGCAGGUAACAAUAUCACAAACGGCGCAGGCCACAUGCCCAACCACACCGCAAAAGGCCCCCUUAAUCGGACAAGGAACCAGGCGCAGCGCACAAUUGAUCAGUCCUCAAGAUCUGGCCGGCCAGUCACGAGAACGGCUGCUUCUGACAGUGCACAGCGAGUUGGGAAAAAGGCACCUGAACCUUUUGUGAAAACAACAUCUUAUAUCCUCAAGAAAUACGCGAAAUGUCCGCCAUCUCUUACUGUGCAUUUGCACCCAACGCACUUCCGAUUCGAGCAACAAGAUGGCAGCUUCCCUUACAAUUCUGAGAUGAAGGUGAUUAUCGAGCACAUUCGCGCCGGGACUGUUCCUCAUGAUCUAAUCGAGGAGCUCUUGCGAGGCGGUGUGCCGUUCUACGAAGCAUGUCUCAUUGUUCGGGUUGUCGACCACAAAUCCGCCUCCGCGCAAGCGAAAAAGACAACUAUCAAAUCUACUAACGAGACCAAUACCCCGUUCUCGCUUCAUAAUUACAACGAGCAUGUAACGCCUUCCGCCUAUGUUCCAUACCCGAAGCAAAACCACCUCACAUCCGCAACACAAGGCUCGAAGACUGAGGGGGCAUCGAGUGCCAGCCAACCUCCCGAACCCUCAGCGCCCAGCGAGCAGGCGGAAGAUAAGGACCUCUCUGUGUCCCAGAAGAACAACAUACCUCUCCAGCCUAGAGUGUUCACCACGGUGCUCCAUCCCACGGCGCGGAGCUUGCAAGCAGAGUUGACAUUACUGCUCACCACACCCAAACAAGUACCUGCUCAAACAAAUCCUGUCCCUGGUGCCCCUGGCAACCAGGCAGACCGUGGACAUGUCGUGAAGAGACAGAAGAUGAUGGUCGAACCUGAACAACGCUUAGAAUGCGAAUCGAGAAUCAUUCAUGCAAUGGCUCCGCCCCUAUUCUUAGACCCAGUUGACACUUUCCAAGCUGCCCAGCAGCUUAUGAAACACUUGGAAGACCCGCUACACUGCAACCCGCCACCUUCACCGAAGCGCCGGAAGAGAACUGUGGCCGAACUCGCCGCAGACGAAGCCCUGGCCGCGGAAGAGGAGCGAUUCAUGCUCAUCAUGGACGAGCGUUUGGAGCCCACCGCUUCAGGCCCUGGUGGUGCUGCGAAGGCUGCCGCCGCGGACGACACGGGUGGUGUGGUGCCAUUCGAGCCUCGGUUCUCUCGAUUCAAGACCAUUGAGACCAUUCGCUUGCAACACGAGGAGAAAGCCAAGCGUGAACACGAGACGACUCUUAAAAAGGAUGCGGUUAAGCGACAGCAGCAGGAACAAGAGAGAGAGCGACGCCGUGCGAUGGAACAGCGACAGGCCGAAGAACACGCAAAAGACGAAACGCGGAGGCAGCAAAUUGCAGCGCAACAGGCUCAGGCUCAACUCGCGGCGCAGCAGCAGAACCGUCACCCUAUGGCUCAGCCCAAUGGCAUUAGCCAAGGACAACAGUCCUCGCCUGUUGUACGUAACCAGACCCCGCACACAGCUUCCUCACCACUGGUUGGUAACACUAUGCCUAUGCAGGCGGUUCCCAUGACUAUGACCGCAUCCGGGUCUGGUAGUCCCCCACGACCUCCAUCUGCGCUCCAGCAUGCACACCCUAAUGUUAUGAGCCACCCGAUGGCACCUUCGAGAAGUCAACAAGGCCCGAGUCGGCAUGGCACUCCUCAGAUGACUCAAGGUACACCGGCUAUGUCGCAUGCUACGCCAAUUAUGCGCAAUGUCACACCGACCCAGCGCAUGGGGCACGGCAGUCCCAAUAACCCAAUGGGACAGACACCAUUAAUGAACCAGGGAAUGGGCAACAACGCCGGAAUGAACGGCAUGCAGUUCACCCCACAGCAGCAGCAGCUUCUACAGCAGCAGCAACAACUUCGGCAGCAACAGAUUCUUGCAGCGCAGCAAGGCCAUAUGCAGCCAAACCAGUUUACACCACAACAACUUGCUCACCUGCAAGCCAACGCGCACGCCCAACAGAACAUCCAAAGCCAUCAACACCAGCAGCAACAGCAGCUCCUUCAAGCGCAGCAGCAACAAGGCAACCAACCUGUCCAGAACGUUCCGCAGCACAACCAACAAGCCUACCAGGCGCAGCUCAUGCGCGCUCAAUAUGCUCAAAUGCAGAUUGUCAAGCAGCAGCAGAGUGGCCAAGGACAACAUCAACAAAUGCCCGGCCAGCAAAAAAUCCAAGGAAAUCCACAGAUGACACCGCAACAGCAACAGAUGCUCAUGGCUGCUGCCCAGGCAAAUGGCGGUGGUCCAAUGGGUCAAAAUGGACAAACCAUGAAUCCCGCCCAGAGAUAUUCUCAGCUAUAUCAACAGAGACUGUUGCGUAUGCGGCAUGAGAUGUCUCAGCGAUACAUGGCUCAGUAUGGUCCACCAAACCAGUACCCGCCAAGUAUUGCGCAGCAGUAUGGUUCCGGUCUGGAAAAGACUGCGAAGGCAUGGGUUCACGAGGUCAUGCGCCGCGAGCGAGAAAAUGGCCAGCAGCAGCAACAACAGCGUGCUUUGCAGGCCCAACAAAUGCAAGCCCAGGGCUCAAUGCACAGUAUGGGUGGCAUGAACAACUAA